AAAUAUAAUAUCCUCUAUUGUCUCUCAAUAUCGCUCUCUUUCGCAUAGUUUCUCUCUCUAGACUCGAAGAGAGAGAGAGAGAGAGGUCGAAGGGAGGAACGAAGCAGAAGAAAUGGUUUCGACCAGGCGCAGUGGAUCUCUUCCCGGAAACAACGGCAAGAGAUCGUCGUCCUCUGAAGAUAAGCCUGCGUCGCCGAAGCGGCAGAAGGUCGAAAAUGGCGGUGCGUCGGAGAAAUCGACGCCGGCGGAGAAUUCGAAGGAGCCUUGCUCGCCGGCGGCGGCGGAUCCGCCGGAAUGCGGGGGUAUCGAUCAGGCGACGGUUGGUGGUGAGGGUGGGAGCACCGGGAAAGGUGAGGCGGCUCAAGCGGUUGCUGUGGCGACACCGAUCGCUGAUGGGUCUUCGCCGGCUGUGGUGGAUAAACCAAGGAGUUCUAUCCCUCCGUGGACUACUUUCAAGCAUGGCACUUUUGAAACUGCAACACCAUGGUGUAGGCUUUUAUCGCAGUCUGCACAGAAUUCAAAUGUUUCGAUUUGCAAUUCAUAUUUCACAGUUGGUUCAAGCAGACACAACUGUCUUAUGUUGAAAGAACAAACUAUUGGUUCGAAUUUGUGUGUGAUCAAGCACGCACAGAGUGAAGGCACUACUAUUGCCGUGCUUGAAAGCAAGGUAAAUAAGGGAGUGCAAGUAAAUGGGAAGGUUCUCAAGAGGGGUAGCUUCGUAGCCUUGAAUUCUGGUGAUGAGGUGCUUUUUGGUCUUCUGGGGAACCAUGCUUAUAUUUUUCUGCAACUAGUGACUGAGAUGGUUUUCAAGACCCCCUCUUCUGUAGGUGGCGUAGAGGCUCAGAGUAGUGUAAGUAAGGUGCUACAUGUUGAAAAGAGGACGGGGGAUCCUUCAGCUGUUGCUGGGGCUUCCAUUUUGGCCUCUCUUUCUAGUUUGCGGCAAGAUUUAUCACGGAUGAAGCCUAGUUCUUAUGCCAGUGGUAAAACACAGCAAGGAUCUGAGCUGCCCCCUCUCCCUACCAUUCAUGACAGUAUGGAGGUUGACCUUGAUCUGGAAGUCAAUUCAACAACAAAUACUGGGAAUGAUAAAGCUGCUGAAGCUGCAGUGACCAGCAAGAUCAUUUCUUUUGACAUCAACCCAGACUCUGGCAUAGAGGCAGUUAAUGUAAUUGAAGAAAGAAAUGAGUGGACCAGGGAUUCACUGCCAGCAUCAACGUCAGGGAUAUCUCCUAGAUGUGCAGUAUUCAAAGAAGACAUCCAUGCGGGGGUUCUUGAUGGAAAGGACAUGGAAGUGUCAUUUGACAAUUUCCCAUAUUAUCUAAGUGAAAACACAAAAAAUGUGUUAAUCUCAGCUGCAUAUAUACACUUGAAACACAAAGAACAAGUUAAAUAUACUUCUGAACUUCCUACAGUGAACCCAAGGAUUUUGCUUUCUGGUCCAGCAGGGUCAGAGAUAUAUCAAGAGAUGCUAGCAAAGGCACUAGCAAGAUUCUUCGGGGCUAAAUUGCUUAUUUUUGAUUGCCAUUCGUUUUUGGGUGGUUUAUCCGCAAAGGAAGCAGAGCUACUGAAGGAGGGAUGUACUACAGAAAAACCCUUCAAUAUAAACAAGCGAAGUGCUGGAGUCACUGACAGUGCUAUGGGCAUGGGACCGGCAGCAACUGAAUCAGAUACACCUAGCUCUUCCAAUGUUCCUUCUCCUUGUGGGCAUGAGUCACAACCAAAAAUGGAGAAUGAUGGUGUACCCUCUUCUUCUGGAACAUCUAAAUCUCCUUUGUUUAAAGCAGGCGACAAAGUAAGAUUUAUCGGUGCUACUUCUGGCAGCUUAUAUUCAACAUCGCCACCUUCGAGGGGACCAACAUAUGGAUUUCGUGGGAAGGUUCUACUACCAUUUGAAGAUAAUCCUACAUCAAAAAUUGGUGUAAGAUUUGAUAAACCCAUACCUGAUGGGGUUGAUCUUGGAGGUCUGUGUGAGGCAUGUCAUGGGUUCUUUUGCAAUGUUAAUGAUCUUCGUUUAGAAUCUACGGGGGUGGAAGAUCUUGACAAGUUACUCAUUAAUACAUUAUUCGAGGCUGUACAUUGUGAAAGCAGAAAUUCUCCUUUCAUUUUGUUUAUGAAAGAUCCUGAGAAAUCUAUUGUUGGAAACCCAGAAUCGUACUCAACAUUUAAAAGCAAGCUUGAGAAUCUUUCUGAUAACAUCAUCGUCAUUGGUUCGCACACUCAGACUGACAACCGCAAAGAAAAGUCACACCCUGGUGGCUUGCUUUUCACCAAAUUUGGCAGCAACCAAACUGCUCUCCUUGACUUGGCUUUUCCGGAUAGUUUUGGGAGAUUGCAUGAGAGAGGGAAAGAGGUUCCCAAGGCAACAAAACUCUUGACAAAACUUUUCCCUAAUAAAGUGGCCAUUCACAUGCCUCAGGAUGAGGCACUUCUUGUAAGCUGGAAGCAUCAAUUGGAUAGAGAUGCCGAGACCCUUAAAAUGAAGGGAAAUCUGAAUUACCUGCGCACUGUAUUGAAUCGGAUUGGGUUGGAGUGUGAUGGACUUGAGACAUUGUGCAUCAAGGAUCAAACACUUACAAAUGAAACUGCUGAGAAGGUAGUUGGGUGGGCUUUGAGCCAUCAUUUAAUGCAGAACCCUGAAGCUGACACCAAUGCAAGGCUUGGUUUAUCCAGUGAGAGCAUCCAGUAUGGGAUUGGCAUUUUACAGGCCAUCCAGAAUGAAUCCAAGAGCUUGAAGAAGUCUCUAAAGGACGUUGUAACAGAAAAUGAAUUUGAGAAAAGGCUUCUAGCUGAUGUUAUCCCACCCAGUGACAUUGGAGUCACAUUUGAUGAUAUUGGGGCUCUUGAAAAUGUCAAGGAUACAUUGAAGGAGCUGGUGAUGCUUCCCUUACAGAGGCCCGAGCUUUUCUGCAAGGGUCAAUUGACCAAGCCUUGCAAAGGUAUUCUUCUAUUUGGUCCCCCUGGAACAGGAAAGACCAUGCUUGCAAAGGCUGUGGCAACUGAAGCUGGUGCGAACUUCAUCAAUAUUUCCAUGUCAAGCAUCACAUCCAAGUGGUUUGGAGAGGGUGAAAAAUAUGUGAAAGCUGUCUUUUCUCUAGCUAGUAAAAUUGCCCCUAGUGUCAUAUUUGUCGAUGAAGUUGAUAGCAUGUUGGGCCGGAGGGAAAAUCCAGGGGAACAUGAAGCCAUGCGUAAGAUGAAAAAUGAAUUUAUGGUGAACUGGGAUGGCUUGCGAACGAAAGAUACCGAAAGAGUUCUGGUACUUGCUGCUACAAACAGACCAUUUGACCUUGAUGAGGCUGUUAUCAGAAGGCUGCCACGGAGGUUGAUGGUCAACCUGCCAGACGCUCCAAAUAGAGCAAAGAUCUUGAAGGUGAUCCUAGCAAAAGAGGACUUAUCUCCUGAUGUUGAUUUGGAUUCAGUUGCAAGUAUGACAGAUGGGUAUUCUGGGAGUGACCUUAAGAACCUAUGUGUAACUGCUGCACAUUGCCCAAUAAGGGAGAUUUUGGAAAAGGAAAAGAAGGAGCGAGCUGCAGCACUAGCAGAAGGUAAAACCGCUCCAGCUUUGAGUGGGAGUGCCGAUAUCCGGCCUUUAAACAUGGACGACUUCAAAUAUGCUCAUGAACGGGUUUGUGCAAGUGUUUCGUCCGAGUCUGUGAACAUGACUGAGCUCCAACAGUGGAAUGAACUCUAUGGCGAAGGGGGCUCGAGAAGGAAGAAAGCUCUGAGCUACUUCAUGUGAAGGCUUGUCAUCUGUACAAAUGGUUGUUUUGACUUAGUUCUGUAAGUUGCUGCUCUCUCAGGGCUGCCGAGAAGCCAUUUUGUUCUGUAUUUUGAGGUAUAGGUUCGUAAGUUAUAUCGCUAGUUUCGGAAUGGUUGGUAUGAAGGUGGUGUAUCCUUGAAUUUUUUUUUUUUUUUUUGGUCAAACUUUGCUGCCCUUUUGUUUUUGUUACUCCAUUCUCCUUUGCUAUCAACAUGAAGAGAGAGGACUGAAAUUCUGGUUUAUAAUCUCAAAGAGGAAAAGAAUUCUAGUGCACAUGUAUUUUUUUCUUAGAAUCAAAGCAAUAAGUAUGAUUUUGGAUUGUCAACUUCAUACUGUCGCUCGUUUGGAAUCGCUUUCUGAUUGUAUUUAGCUGAAGUAUAUUCAAUUCUAUUUCUUUCCUUCCUUUUUU